GUUCCAGAUCACAGAGGUGAGGGGGACAGUGCCCGAGAACAGCUGAAGAUUCGGGAGUUCACCUUUGAUCAUUCCUUCUGGUCACUGGAUGAGGAUGAUAGCAAUUUUGCAUCACAAGAAAAGGUGUUUGCUGCCCUGGGCGAGGAUGUUGUGUCCUCAGCCUUUGACGGAUACAAUGUUUGCAUCUUUGCCUAUGGACAGACAGGCUCUGGGAAGACUCAUACCAUGAUGGGCUAUGAGGAUGAUCCAGGACUUAUACCAAGAUUCUGCAACGCAUUGUUCUGUCGACUUCAUGACAACAGCUCAGCGUCUUACCAGAUCCAUGUCAGCUACCUGGAGAUCUACAAUGAGAAGGUGCGGGAUCUACUUCGAGGCUCCAGCCUGGACUCCAACAAAUCUGUCCAUAACCUCAGGGUCAGGGAACAUCCCAGGGAUGGGCCUUAUGUCCAAGAUCUAUCCAAGCACAGUGUCAUUAGUUAUGAAGCCAUAGCCAACCUCAUGAACAAAGGAAAUGCCAACAGAACCACAGCGGCCACCAACAUGAAUGAUGUCAGCAGUCGAUCACAUGCCAUCUUCACCAUUAUCUUUACCCAGGCCAGAUUUCUUGAUGGAGUGCCUAGUGAGAGACAGAGCAAGAUUAAUUUGGUAGAUCUAGCAGGAAGUGAGCGUGCUGAUGCUUCUGGAGCCACCGGUCAGAGGCUGAAGGAAGGAGGAAGCAUCAAUAAAUCUCUGGUUAGUCUGGGAAAUGUGAUUUCUUUAUUAGCUGAAAGGUCAGAAAAUGGAACCAAAGGCAGACAUGCUUUCAUCCCCUACCGAGACUCAGUCCUGACUUGGCUGCUCAAGGACAGUUUGGGAGGCAAUGCAAAGACAGUCAUGAUAGCCACCAUUUCUCCAGCAGACGUGAAUUAUGGCGAGACCUUGAGCACUUUGAGGUACGCCAAUCGAGCCAAGAACAUCAUUAACAGACCAACUGUGAAUGAGGAUGCAAAUGUGAAACUUAUACGAGAAUUAAGAGAGGAGAUUGCACGACUCCGAUCUUUAUUGGAAGGAAACGUGGAUACCUCUCCGCGAGUGCAGGAAAAGCUGCAUGAAAACGAAGCCAGGGUGAAAGUUUUGACUGAAGAGUGGGCGGAGAAGUGGAACGAGUCUGCCAGUUUGAUGAGAGAGAAGAGUCUGGCCCUGCGGCAUGAAGGUGUGGGCGUGGUUCUGGACUCCACCUUGCCUCAUCUGAUUGGCAUCAGCGAUGACCUUCUCAGCACUGGUGUCAUGCUGUUUCAUCUGAAGGAGGGCAUCACCAAGAUUGGUUCUGAUGAGUCUGAUGAACCUCAGGACAUCACCAUUUCUGGAGCUAAUGUGGAACCAGAGCAUUGUGUCAUAGAACAUAAAGAUGGUGUGGUUGUCCUUCAUCCCAUCGAGGGUUCCUUGUGUGCUAUCAACGGGCAGGUGGUGAAGGAACCAACCAGACUGACUCAGGGCAUGCUGAUCACGCUGGGUCAGACCAAUGUGUACCGGUACAACAAUCCAGAAGAGGCCCGGGAAAUGAAAAAGUCUAUGCAGGUCAGAAAGUCUGUGUCAGCUCUGAGCUUACCCCAGGGGGAACACAACAGCAUGAUCUCCCCUCGUCUGAGCCUGCUGAGCCAGUCCAUGUCUGAUCUGUACCGCUCCAACGAGAGCUUGGCGCUGAAUGGAUCCUUGAUGGACAUUUCCAGUACGACUUACAGAGAGGAUCAAGAAGAACUUGAGCACAAGAGGCUGGAGAUCAUGGAUCUGGAGAACAGGUACACAGAGAGGGAGAAAGAGCGGCAAGCAGAAGAAGAACAGAUCAAGGAAGAACUGGAGAAUUAUAUGGAGAAGUUGAGGCAUUUGAAUGAGGAGAUUGAGUACGUCAGGAGCAAGAAAAACCCGUACAACAGCAUCGUGGAUGGCUUAAGGCAGCUGGACAGACAGGAAGAGGAGCUGUUGGAGGAUCUCAGAAUCUCAAAGGAGAACUUGCUCGAGGAAAUAGAGAACCUGACCUGGUUCCCGGACCAAGUGACAGAGGAGGAGUCCAUCUCUCAGGUGAUACACGACCUGGAGCGACAGAUCACUGAGAAGAAUGAGCAGAUUCAACAAGUCAGGAGGGCAUCAACAAGCAGCCGGUUACAGCUGGAGGAUAAGGAGAAGAGCCUUCAGGAGAAAGUUGCCACAGAAGUAGAGAAACUGGAGACUUUAAAGUCACAGUAUGAGAUGGAGAAGAAGGACCUAUUGGCUUCCAGUGAGAACAUCCUUCAUGAAGUCCAGGAUUUGGCCCUCAGAGAGGAGGACCUCCUGGCCCAGCACGAGGUGGCCAGCGAGGAGAAGAAUGCUCAGUGGAAGGUGGUGUUGGACGAGCUGAAUGAACAUACAAGCAGGAUAGAGGAGGCUUGGCAUGAUCUGGGAGAGAAUGAAGCCAGGGUGAAGAGGAAGAUGCAGAAAGGAAGUUUCUCCAGCGUUCAAGAGAAACUUGAGUGUGAAGCCGAAACCCAGCAGUUGGCCGAAGCCCGGAAAUUACUUGAAGAAGAAGAGAAAAACUUUGCUGAGCGCCAGCAGGAAGAAGUGGCCAGGAUAGAGUCAGAACUGGAGGUUUGGGAGCGACAGAAGGCAGCAGAAAUUGAGGCUCUACAUCUUGCCAGGCGAGAGCUUUUGUGGCAGAAUAGUGACAAGUUAAGGCAGCUGGAUGAGCAGAUUGAGGAGCAGAAGCAAGUUCUGGUGAACGCUAAGGAUGAAGUCAUGCAGGUGAACCAAGAAAAGGCAGCAGUUAUCAAGGAGUUCCAGAAACAGAUCGAUGCUCUAAAGGAGGAAAACUCUGUGUUGACUGGAGAGCUGGAGGAGAUGGAGAAACGAACAGAAGAGAAGGAGAGCCGCAGGAAGGACAAAAUUGUAGAACUUGAAGUGGAGAUCGAGACCCUGGAGCACACGUAUAACCUCAACCUUGAGGAGAUCCAGAAUGAGCGUAUGAGAUUGGUGGGACUACAAGAAGAGGUACUGAGGAAAUCCUCUUUGGAAGACAGCGGGGAGCAGAACCGGCUCUUCAAUGUGUCCCAACAGCUGAAGGCUCAGAGAGAAGACUUGGACACCAGACAGAAGGAUCUGGAGAGUCUACAGAAGGAGCUGGAAGCUAAAACCUCAGAGCUGGAGUCUCGCCAGGUGAAGUUUGACGAGGAGCGGGAGACGCAGCUGGACAAAAUUGAGUAUGAGAAGUUCAGGCUGUUGGACAUGGAGAGACAGGACAGAGUCAACAGCCUUGUGGAGCAGGAGGUCAAGUGUCGACUGUUUGAAGAAAAGCUGGAAAGAGAACGGUUGCGGAAGCUGGAACGAGAGAAAGACAAACAGGAAAGAGAAAAAGAAAUCCAAAGACUCAAAUCACUACAUCAGAGGGAGAUAAAUCAGCUAAAGGCCAAACUGGAAAUGAGUAACAACAGAGCCUUGGCUUCUGGAAACCGGGUCACAAGGAGUCAGUCGUGUGAGAUGAUUACUUCAACUGACCAGCGGAAAAACCUGAUCCGUCAGCUGACCUUUGCUGAGCCGCCAGCUGUAUUGAACAUUGAAGUUCCGACCUUUGUUUUGAGAGGAAGUGGCAGAGAUCUGCAUUACGAAUACCUGAUCAAGGUCACCAUUGGUGAUGAGUCCUGGUGUAUCUUCCGCCGCUACAGUCGUUUUCGAGAAAUGCACAACGCCCUCAAAAAGAAAUACCCAGUGAUAAACCAGCUUGUGUUCCCUCCGAGGCGAUUCUUCCACAAAAACAAAAAAGUAGCAGCAGAGAGGAGGACCCUUCUAGAA